GCCGUGCUCCACGAUGAUGCUGCUGCAGCUGCUGCUCCUCGCCGCCCUCGCCCUCUGCGGACGCUGCUCCGAGCAGGACCUCGAUGGCCUGCAGCGGGUGGUCGGCGGGACCGAGGCGCGCUCGCACGCUUGGCCCUCCCAGAUCUCUCUCCAGUACUACGCCAGCGGCAGCUGGUACCACACCUGCGGAGGCUCCCUGAUCCAGAGGAACUGGGUGAUGACAGCAGCUCACUGCGUGGAUAGGAACCUGAACUUCCGUGUCGUGGCUGGAGAGCACAACCUCAACGCCAACGACGGCAGCGAGCAGGUCUUCAGCGUCAGCAAGAUCAUCAUCCACCCCUACUGGAACAGCAACGACGCCGCUGCAGGCUACGACAUCGCCCUGCUGCGCCUGGGCAGCUCUGCCACCAUCAACCAGUACGUGCAGCUGGCCAACCUGCCCCAGUCUGGAUACAUCCUGCCCAACAACACCCCCUGCUACAUCACCGGCUGGGGGCUCACCCGCAGCAACGGGCAGCUCUCCAACGUCCUGCUGCAGGCAGUCCUGCCCGUGGUCGACUACCAGACCUGCUCCAGCUCUUCCUACUGGGGCUCCACCGUCAAGAACACCAUGGUGUGCGCCGGCGGGGACGGCGUUCGCUCCGGCUGCCAGGGUGACUCCGGCGGCCCUCUGCACUGCGCUGUCAACGGCCAGUACCAGGUCCACGGCGUCACCAGCUUCGUCUCCAGCAAGGGCUGCAACGUCCUGCGCAAGCCUACCGUCUUCACCCGCGUCUCUGCCUACAUCUCCUGGAUCCAGAGCGUCAUUGCCCAGAACUGAGCAGCGGCAGCGCACUCCGGUCCCCGGCUCAGCCACGGCCACCCUCUUGCCCCAGCUCUCAGCUGAGCCCACCCGGGCCCAUAGCCUGUGGCAAUAAAAUCUCUUCAGCUCCUCA